UCGGUUCCUCUGUUACCAUAGCAACGUAAAUGAGAAGGACCACUAGGAAACGGAGCUGCUGAGCUAGCUGUUGUAACUUUCUUACGUUUUCUGUCUACUCUUACCUGACAUUUUGACAAUAUGGAAGAAGUUAACGAGGAACCAGAAAUGGAUCAGCAGCAAACUUCGGCUUCCGCAAAUGAAAACAUAAACAGAAGAAAAGUCGCAGCUGAUAUCUCAGAGCAGCAAAGGACACCACUGUUAGUAUCUCAAGAAUAUGGAAUCAAUCUGCUAGAAGUAGAAAACGAAGUAAAGCGGAGCCAGGAAAGUUUUCAGGAGUUUCUGAGAGACUGUGAAAGAUUUGAAGACAAGGUGACUUGUAAGGAGCAGAAGAAAUUAGUCCGCGAGCAAAAUCAGCUCUGCAUCUCAAUUAUGCAAGACAAGCAGGAGGUCAUAGAAGCCCUCCAAGAGAUGCUUAGGAUGAAGGAUAAAAAAUAUUUGAGGAACCUGAGGAAGAACGCUGAGGAGCUGGACCUGAAAAUUAAGGAAUUUGAAGAUGAGGUUGAGACAGAAACAAAAGCUUGGAAGGAUGAAGUGAUCAAAGCUGAGAUAGAUCACCAACAGAAAAUGGCCAUGUUUUCUGAUGUAAUGACCAAGGAGGAGAACGACUUGAAAGCAUACUACGACAAUGAAUUCAAGAGGUGUAUUGAGGAGAGAAAGACAUUUAUUGACAACGUGGAAAAGGAGUUUAAGCUGAGCAUGCAGUCCAGCUAUGACGAGAAAGCCCGGCUGACAGAACUUAUUUCAAAAAAGCAGGCUCUACUGGCUGAGAUUCAACGUGACAAAGGCAGGGCUGUCGUUGAAAACGUCCAAAUCACAAAACGCAUGGAGCAGCUAAAACUCGGGGAGGAGCGUAAGCAGUUGUUGAGCCGCCAACAGAACAAGGAGAGAAAUCUCAAAUUAUUCUACGCCAAACAGCAGAAAGAGGCAAAAGGGCGUGAUCGUAUUUUGUCUGAGAAACUCAAACGAAGAGAAGAGCAGGCUGAACGCAGAGUAGAGUUGAGAAAGAAGGCUGCGAUCGCUCACGCCAGAAAGUAUAAGGCCAUGGAGCAAAUGAUUGAAGAAGAUUUGACACAGCUAGCAGAAAGAGCGUUAUCUAUUGACGCAGAGAUCACCAGGCGGUUCUUUCCAUCCUCCUGCAAACAGCCUCAAAUGGCUUCUUUGAAGCUCCCUGUUCCCAGUAAGGCUCAGGAACUGGUCCCUAACAUCAGCCAGCUGCAGUUACACACUGAGGAGGAAAAGAUGGGAGCUGCGUGCAGCCUUCAGGCUGACACUGAGACCCCGGUGACUGAAGACAGUGGUACAGAGUGGGAGGAUGGGAAGCUCCCCAGCAUCUUGCAGAGAGACGAGAAGACGCAACCGUGCAGAGAAACGAAACCUUCAACCCAUAAAUUUCACUGGGAGAGUCUGGGGGACGUCAUCUCAGAGGACAAACGCAGACUUUGGAGAGCAAUAGAGAAAAAACGAAGGGAGGAAAAUGCAGUGCUGUUAGACAUCCGUUAUCUCCAAGGGGACAAUGAGCUUCUGAAAAAGUGGAACGCAGAGCUGAAGAAGCAAGUGCUGGAGCGUUUCGGCUCAAUACCCGAGGUUAGUUUUCAAGGGAAAAGAGAAGAUGAGAAGAAAAGAGAAGAUAAGAAGAAAUAAAACAGCAGGACCAUCCCUGCUGCCAGCAACUCCAGGAAGCACCGCUAGUCUCCGGACCUGGAUCCACAUCGUCCUCAGUGGGCUCAAACCAUCGCAUGUUGGUGCUGGGUCAGCUGCACAGAGAGAAGAAAAGGUUAAACAGGAUUUAAGAAAAUACGUAGCUAUCUGUUGAGUAAAUAGGUUUUAGUCCAUAAUUGUAUUUCAAAAAAGAUUUGAACUUUACUACAGAAAAACAGUAAAAAUUUCCCGUUUGUUCCAUAAAGGUAAAAAAGAAGUUUUAUUGCUGUGCCUGAAUUAGCAAAAAUAAGACAAAGAGUGUAGUGUCAAGAAUUAAGUUCUUCAAUAAAGUUCAUCUUGGCCUGUA